CCUCCACUGUGCGCACAUGCUUUGUGUACCGGUACAUGCAUAUUAGUGGAGUGGACCCGUUGCAUGGAGCCCAGUUCACUCUUGACUUGUUCUGUGUCACUACAUGCCAGUCAGAUGCUCAAGUUGGGAUUCCUUCUUCAAAUUUUUUGCAUAGAAAAGUUUCUGGAUUAGGGCAGAAUUAACACAAAGCGGCGACGCCACUCCAGCGACAUUCCCAAACAACACUUGAAGAGGCAGAGGAGGGACGGCGACUGAGAGAGUGACGCGACACGGUGAAGACACUCGAGCAAAGGCCACCGGGGAAAAAGCUUCCAACUUUUGAUAGCGAGAGGCAGACGAGUUCACCCGAGAGACGGUGGGAGCAUCAGAGAGGCGGGGAUCUUUGGCCACAAGGUCCUGAAGGAUGGAAGAGAAGCAGGUUGCCGGGAUCCUGGACCUGAGAGGCAAGGUGUGAAUGACGGCACCUACAGGGUCCAGCUGAGUAGCACCACUGGAUCACAGCAUCACAUCAUGUCUGAAUCCAACACCGUUGCUGCUUCCACUGCAGACCAGAAUGGAGCCGUUCCAGGUGAGCCGGUGAAGAAGGAUGAAAACUCGCGGAGAGGCAACUGGGGGAACCAAAUUGAGUUUGUCCUCACGAGCGUCGGCUAUGCCGUGGGUCUCGGCAAUGUUUGGAGGUUUCCCUACCUCUGCUACAGAAACGGAGGAGGUGCCUUCAUGCUACCGUACUUUAUCAUGUUGGUGUUCUGUGGCAUUCCCCUCUUCUUCCUUGAGUUGUCCUUCGGGCAGUUCGCCAGCCAGGGGUGUCUGGGAGUCUGGAAGAUUAGCCCAAUGUUCAAAGGUGUGGGCUAUGGCAUGAUGGUCGUGUCCACCUAUAUCGGCAUCUACUACAAUGUGGUUAUUUGCAUCGCCUUCUACUACUUUUUCACAUCCAUGACCAACUUAUUGCCAUGGACGUACUGCAACAAUCCCUGGAAUACGCCGGAUUGCAGCGGCGUGGUGCCCCAAAGCAACGGCAGCAUAGCUAACGUCACUCGCACUAUGGUGGACGGGGUCAGUGACAUCGUCAACCGCACCAAGAGAACCAGCCCCAGUGAGGAAUACUGGAAACACUAUGUGUUGGACAUCUCUGAUGGCAUCGGGAACUUUGGAGAAGUGCGCCUUCCCAUCCUGGGCUGCCUGGCUGUGUCCUGGGUCGUUGUCUUCCUCUGCCUCAUCAGGGGCGUCAAAUCCUCCGGAAAGGUGGUCUACUUCACAGCCACGUUCCCAUAUGUUGUGUUGACUAUCCUGUUUAUCCGCGGGAUCACCCUGGAUGGAGCCAUCAACGGCAUCAUGUAUUACUUGACUCCUCAGUGGCAGAAGGUCCUCGAUGCCAAGGUGUGGGGAGACGCCGCAUCGCAGAUUUUCUACUCCCUGGGAUGUGCGUGGGGCGGUCUGAUUACCAUGGCUUCGUACAACAAGUUCCACAACAAUUGUUUCAGAGACAGCAUCAUCAUCAGCAUAACCAACUGUGCGACCAGCGUCUACGCUGGCUUUGUCAUUUUCUCUAUCCUGGGCUUCAUGGCUCACCACCUGAACGUGCCCGUGUCAGAGGUCGCCGACCAUGGCCCGGGACUGGCCUUUGUGGCUUACCCAGAAGCCCUCACUCUGCUGCCCAUUUCUCCACUGUGGUCGCUUCUCUUCUUCUUCAUGUUAAUCCUUCUGGGACUGGGAACUCAGUUCUGUUUGUUGGAGACGCUGGUGACAGCCAUUGUCGAUGAGAUUGGCACCGACUGGAUCAUCAGGAACAAGACUGUAGUUACACUGUGUGUGGCUAUCGUUGGAUUCCUCCUGGGAGUUCCACUCACAACACAGGCAGGAAUCUACUGGUUGCUACUGAUGGAUAACUAUGCUGCUAGUUUCUCUCUGGUCAUCAUCUCCUGCAUCAUGUGUGUCUGCAUCAUGUAUGUUUAUGGUCACCGAAACUACUUUAAAGAUGUUGAGAUGAUGUUAGGUUUCCCUCCCCCGCUCUUCUUCAAAAUCUGCUGGAGGUUCAUCUCGCCUGUCAUUAUCUCUUUCAUCCUGAUCUUCACAGUGAUUCAGUACAAGCCUAUCACCUAUAAUGACUACGUGUAUCCCGGUUGGUCUCUGGCCAUUGGCUUCUCAAUGGCGCUGUCCUCAGUGGUCUGCAUACCCAUCUAUGCCUUCUACAAGAUCUCUAGGUCACCGGGGGCUACCUUCAGAGAGCGGUUGAAGCACGCGUGCCAGGCACAUCCAAAGUGGGGCCCGGCCCUGCGGGAGCACCGCACGGGCCGCUACGCCCCCACCGCCUCUGAAGACAUUGCGGAGGCCCGUCCCUUCAAGGAGAAGGACGAGCUGAAGGAGGAGCUGCGGGAGGAGGACAACGAGAGGAAGGAUGACAUCAGCCUCACCAUCCAGGGAAGCAACGGCUCCACCAACACACACAACAACCCCAACCCGAGUGCAUAGAUGGCAUCGCCCACGACUGACGCCCUUUCCCCCUUUUCCCCCCCUCUCCUUCCUUCUCCACUCUCCGCAACACACUUUCCCACAGUCCUCUGUGGGGAAGAUCCCUUUUUGCUGGAGACCUUUACAUAUUGUAAAGGCGCAUUAUAUUCAUUCUAACCUCUCCUCGCUACCUGCGUUUUAUCUUUAGGGAAAACGAAGGCACAAAAAAGAAAAAAUGAAAAACAAUUGGGUCACUCUCCAAAAGUGUUAGUCUGUGUGUUUGCGUGUGUGCGUGGAUUGUAAAUGUGUUGCACAUAAUUUAAUAUGACUGUUUGUUUGGGGUUUUUUUUUUCCUUACAUUUGUUUGUAAAAAAAGAAAAAAAAACAUGUACCUGUAUAUGCCAUAUUCAUGCAGUUGAAGGCAUGGUAGAUUGUAAGACUGGUUGUGUUGGGCUCGCAGCAGCACAGAAACACAUGCCUGUCAUCUUAUUAUGGACCUGCUGAUUCCGAUUUCUACGGCUAGAAAGUCAAUAAUUGCAACCACUAAUUUACACUGGAGCAUUUAUGACACGCAUUUUACAGUGCAGUGACGUCACACUAGGUUGUUUUGAACGACGAGAGUCGUUGCCGUUUGUCUCCUUAGCGUGCUUCUUUUAAUGACGAUGAGACACAGAGUACAAACAAACAAAAUCUUCCGAGAUGGUAUUUGACCGAAAAGCUGCUGCUUGAAUUGAUUACUACACACAAGUAUUGCACUUUUUUUUUUUUUUUUUAAAGAAAUACCAGGGCUAUUCUCAGGUUCCAAGUAAACGUUCUGCUUUGCCUGGGGAGACCUUGUAUCAAUGAAAUUGUUGGAAAACAAACUAUUGGCUAUAAUAUCAGACAACACACACAUACACGCGCGCCCAUUGGAUGUGUCUGAGAACAGUAUUAGAAGUUUUUAAAAGUGGUGUCUGUCUAUUGGUCUUCCAGCAAUCCUUUUUGUGUAAAAUGCAAUUUUUGGAUGUGCAUGAGGGAGAAUCUUGAGCGGAGGUAGCCAGCGAGGGCAUCACUGGCUGAUAGCUCGUCUUAUUGUGUGUGGUUGUAGCAGUCCACCCUAUGCGGUGUGUUCUGUGUUCGGUUCUGCACAAGUUUAUCACGUUCUGAGGCUGUGAUGUGAUCUUUCAAGCAAAAAAAAAAAAAAAACAAAACAAAAAAAAAUGGCAGCUUGUUUCCAGAACAGCACAGACCUUUAUCAUAACUGUGAAAUGUAGUCAUAUAGUUUUGUACUAGACGUAUCAUUUAAUCAUCUCACUGUUGUCAUAGUGUAGUUUUUGUACAAAAAUAAAAACUUGAAUCAGAAUUUUAAAUAUUCAUGCUUACCCUUUCACUUAAAUGUCCUUUGGGACCUUGCGAGAGAGAAUAUAAGAGUAUUUUCAUCUUACCUUUGUUUUGUUGACACCUGGAAGUCCACCGGUGCAGAGUUGACUACUUUCUUGAGUGUAUGGUAAUAAACUGCCGCACACCCAAAUUAUUUGCCGAGCCAGAACACUGUAACGACAGGAUGUAUGUCCAACGACACUAUUGUAUAGAGUAUAUUGCAGUAAAAAAAAAUAAUAAUAAAAUACUUGAGGAAUACAGGAGUGCAACCAUUUCAAUUGUUUAUGCAUGGACAUCGAGCAUGUCACUUGGAGUCCCCCAGAAAGCCAAACGAUUUCAGCACACUUAUUGGACCCCAUCAGGCCUGUUAUUUCCUUCUCUUUUUCAGCAUUCGCUCGUGGGGAAAAAAAAAAUCCCCUCAGACUUCCCACAGUGCAGUUACUCAAGAUGCCACAAGAUGGGCCUGUGUUGAAACGCACAUCAGUGAAAGCACAAUAAGUGUCCCAUGGUGGCCAGAGAGACUUUUCACAAAAUGUAAUGUGAAAGAGUUUCUUUCUGACACGGUUUUGUAAACACAUUUUCACAAACCAGACACUUACUGGAAAAUAGAAAUCAAUAGGCUACAUUAUUCCUAUUAAUGUCAGAGGGAUGCCUUUACUUUCUUAAAUUCAACAUGUAGGAUGCAUUUUGUUUUAUUUUAAUUGAAUCCUUGAAAAACCGGUGCUCGGUGGAACAUCUUUUGACGGAAACGUGUUACUUCCUCAAAGUGUAACGUCACCCCCAGCGUGUUUGGGUCACUCGGAGCUGAAAUUAUUUUGUCUUAAUAGGAGUAAUAACAUCAUGUUGUCAUGUUAGCUUGAUGAAGCGCAUCUCUGUUGGCCCACCACUUUUCUGACCUUUGUAUAGAAAUGUCCAAAUUAUAUAAAUGACUGCGCGUGUGUGAGGGGGGCGAGUAUGAGGUUCCUUUGGAUUUGUCAUUUCUCGAUGUUUAAUGUAGAUGUCCCGUGUGUUGUGUACUGCAUGUAGUGGAUUCGCGUUUACUGCUGAGUCUGCGCGUAGAGCAGACGUGAUGUUCCUGUCAAUGUACCUCUAAUCUCGAGUCUUACCUGGUAAUUAUAUGGAGCCCAUCUUACAAUACAAUUUUGUACUAAUAGAAGAGAAAGAAGGCGACCUAUUUUGUCUUAAGAUUUUAGUCAUUGUUUCUCCGUGUGCCGUGACGACGACUUUUGUUUAUUUUCAAAACGCAUAUUCUCAGACAACACAAGACAUAGUCAACUGAUAUUAUAUGAGUAUUGCCAAACAAAAAGCUAUGGAUUGAAACUUGAACUACAGAAAAAUAAUACGCUUUUACAGUGAGUGAGCUUGGGAAUGGACAGUGUUUGCAGCAACGUAAUAAAGAGCAGUGGCCACUAAUUCACAGACUAAUCCCAGACAUUUUAAAACCUGAGCAGAACAAACACCAAAUAAUAAUAAUGAUAUUGCUGUCAGAAAUAAUGAUAUGUUAAUUGAGGAAGAAUGAUUCCACAGAUUUCAGGACCCAUUUUUCAUUUCACAAUCUGUGGUCGAUUCUGCAUGGGGUAUCUAAAAUACGGCUCUGCACUGCAUAUUAGCUUUUGAUGUGAAAACAGAAAGAGCACACAGAGGUGCAAAACGUUGAUCAUAUUGGACAAAGUCCACUACCCUGUUUGCCUCUUGAAAUUACCACUGAUUCAUAUGUAUCUCAUGUAAUACUAUGUUUAAAACACUUUUUUUUACAAGCAACUGGAGGAGAUGUGUUUGAUGACGUAUGCACAACGUUCACGUUGGGGGGAGCGAUUCUCGUGGUCCUCCUGAAAGAAAUGGUCCAAGUGUAGUUUGCAAACUUCUGUGUUGUUACCAUGCGUAAAAGAGGAAAUGCACAGAUGAAAAGCACAGUUCUUCUGGUAUCUUCUGUCAUAUCUCUAUCUAACCGUCUGUUCUUCUUCUUCAACCUUUAGGGCCAAAAUACAUUGAAAUGUCUUAGUCCUGUCUGCUGUAUAUUGUAAAACUGUUAAAUUACAUUGAUAAAUAAAAUUUAUUUUAAAGAUCA